AUGCUCUCUCUGAUGACACAGGCAAACACCUUCAUGUACACCAAUCAGGCUUGUGCCGCGGCUGCCGGGUUUGGCUACGUGUACGACAUCUCCUCGAACUUCUGCUACAAAGUACAUACAAAAAAGACUAUCUGGAUGGAAGCCCGCGAGGAAUGCAAAAAGGAGGGUGGCGACCUGGCCAAGCUGGACACUCCGGAGAAGCGACAGUUAGUGCGAGAGAUUAUUAAAGCAGAUGGAGCCAAUGAAUACUUCCUUGGAGCAACAGACAUGGCCGAGGAUGGGGUAUGGAGAUGGGUGGUAGACGACACAGUCUUUCCAGAGUACACAAAGAAAGGAUUGUCCGAAUGUCUCGAAAUGCAAUCCGACUUAAGGCUUGAUGAUACGGGAUGCACCCACCAAGAUCAGAAAUACAUCUGUGACAUUUCCCUUCUGUGA